AUGGCCGCAUCAGAUGUUUUUCAGAAUCAUAUCAACGGCUCAAUAGACAAAGGCGAAUUCUGUUCUCAGCAGAUCGUAAUUGAUUUGAACAAAAUAUUAAAUUCACAUGAUUCUACUGAACUGCAAAAGAUGCAAUUGGAAUUUGAAACAAACGGUUGGUGUUUUGUUCUUCUACCACCGGAACUAUCCCCUCAAGAGACCUUGAUCAAUGAACUGACCCAGUUCUUUGGUUCUGGUGUGCAUGCCAAAAGUCGCCACAUAGGGCGCCAGUCUACAUAUGGUUAUUCUCAUGUCGUCGAUCACAAAGAAGGAAUUAAACUCUUGACGGGGAGUUAUUAUGAAAAGUUUGCAAACAAAGGACUCAUACCGAAAACGUUAAUUCAACCAUUGAAUUACCUGUCACAAAUGUUCGAUGCUGUAACAAAACAUCUUGUCGAAAUUUUGGAGCAAAAUUCGGUCUUCAAACAACAGUUUCAAGAUUUAUCAUCAUCCCUUGUCGAAAGGGCCAAUUUGCCGUGGGCUGAAGAAUAUUUCGGUAUGCUCGAUGUUGUCUUGUAUUUCAAUAAGCAGAGUGGGUUUCAACCACCCGAGAUCGGACAAACAACCGCCGAAGUCAAUUGUGUUCCACACUAUGAUCCUGGUCUUCUUUCAAUUAGUGUUCUGUCCACGCAUGAAGGAUUGCAGCUGAAAAAUUUGAUCAGUAAUCAAUGGGUAAAUGGACCAGUACAACCAAACGUAGGUGUCAUCUGGCUAGGAGAGGCAGCUUCUCGAGCAACCAAUAAUCGGUUGAAACCUGGCAUUCAUCGUGUUGUUUAUCCUCAAGAAUCGAAUCAACGGCUGACAAUCUGGUAUGAAUUGUGUACAAUCGAACAGUUAAAAAGUAUGAGCAUUACUGGAAAACAUGAAAAGAUGGCACCCGGCACAGUUGUGUUUGACAACUUGCCCGGUUCAGAGCCCAUUCGAGUUUUGCCUGACGAGAGUAAACUGGAUUUUCUUAAGCGAAUUGAAUCUUCGCGUGGUUUGUCGAUGAGUAAGUCUAAGCCACCACGCUAUAAAUUGGAUAAACAUGUCGUUUCUUAUCCAACACCCAUAAAAAAGGAAUAA